UUUGACAAAGCAUAUGCCUACAGCAUCCGCCACAUGUUCGGGAAGGAAGGCAAGCGCACAGACUACACCCCCUACAGUUGCAUGAAGGUGAUUUUGUCAAACCCACCCAGCCAAGGCGACCAGCACGGUGAGGCAUGGGCCUGGAGACGUGCUGCAUGAAAAGGGUUAUGUUUGCAUGCAAUACAGUUUUCCUAUGAACCCAGUCAUAGCAAAUGCAAGGCAUGUGUUUUGAUUUCAAUGUCUAAUCGUUUGAUGCAUGCAAAAAAAACGAUUGUCCUGGCAUAGGAACUGGUCCCUCUGUUACGAUGUUCUUCUGAGGCAAACCAAUGUGGUUCAUGUUAUUGAUAAUAUUAUUUCAGCGGGUAUUGUGAAUCUACCAUUCCCUCAGUUCAGAUUUCUCUCUCUCUCCCCCAUCUAACCCCCACCCCCUCCCUCUCCCUCUCUCCUCUCACUCUGUGACAUGGUGGUUGCAGGGUGUCCAUUCCGACACAGUGACCCAGAGCUGCUGAAGCAGAAGCUGCAGUCCUAUAAGGUCUCCCCCAGCGGCAUCAGUCAGGUGGGUUUGGCCCAGAACACAACACCCUCUCAGAUCGCUGUUGUUAACCCAUGGCACAAUGCAACAUCAGCUCACUGCAGUUGUCACUAAUAUGUUCAGACAAUCUCAUCUACAUGAUUUACUUUGUAUUGAUGAAUCUAAUUUAACCUGGUAGUCAUAUUGACAUUUCUACUAUCUUAUUGACAAUUAAAAAAAUUAAAUAUAUUUUAUAUAUUAAUAAUAAUAGACCAGUCCUAGAUGCCAAAAAACAAACACACAUUACAGACAUAAAGUGAACAGUACAGUGUCAUCAAAACUCAGGCUUACAAAAGUCAGACUCAAGCUGCUCCCCAUGACAAUACCAGAAAAAUGGAAAGGAAGAAAGUUUCAUUCUCUAAAAGUUAAGUGUACCAUAGAUUAGAAUAUGUAUUCUGUACAGCGCAAAAUGUAGAUUGUCAUCACACUUUAUACAAGGUUGACUGAUUUUUAUUACACUAGGGAAAGUGAGGAAUUAAUUACUUUUUCCCAGAUCUUAGUAAAACAAUGCAGUUUUAAUUUUUAUACACCAGAAGCUGUUAUCUGUUAACCAUAUUUUAUCAAGUGUUUAUUUAAUACAGGUUUAACCAAUUUUCUGAAGUCUAAUUCGUUUCAGUUGACUUCAGGUGCAAUUAUCCUCAGGGAUCGUUAGCCUCGUCAGUAGUGUUUGGGUAGUUUUAGCAUUGAUAUCCUGCGUGCAGUUGAAACCUGCAGUGCUCCAGCCUAGAGCCCAGCUUUUAUAUACAAUGGCUUGCGAAAGUAUUCACCCCCCUUGGCAUUUUUCCUAUUUUGUUGCCUUACAACCUGGAAUUAAAAUGGAUUUUUGGGGGGUUUGUAUCAUUUGAUUUACAUAACAUGCCUACCACUUUGAAGAUGCAAAAUAUUUUUUUCUAGUGAAACAAAGAAGAAAUAAGAAAAAACUAAAAAACUGAAAACUUGAGCGUGCAUAACUAUUCACCCCCCCCCAAAGUCAAUACUUUGUAGAGCCACCUUUUGCAGCAAUUAUAGCUGCAAGUCCCUUGGGGUAUGUCUCUAUAAGCUUGGCACAUCUAGCCACUGGGAUUUUUGGCCAUUCUUCAAGGCAAAACUGCUCCAGCUCCUUCAAGUUGGAUGGGUUCUGCUGGUGUACAGCAAUCUUUAAGUCAUACCAGAGAUUCUCAAUUGGAUUGAGAUCUGGGCUUUGACUAGGCCAUUCCAAGACAUUUAAAUGUUUUCCCUUAAACCACUCCAGUGUUGCUUUAGCAGUAUGCUUAUGGUCAUUGUCCUGCUGGAAGGUGAACCUCGGGCCCAGUCUCAAAUCUCUGGAAGACUGAAACAGGUUUCCCUCAAGAAUUUCCCUGUAUUUAGCGCCAUCCUUCAAUUCUGACCAGUUUCCCAGUCCCUGCCGAUGAGAGGUGUUGGGUUUGCGCCAGACAUAGCGUUUUCCUUGAUGGCCAAAAAGCUCAAUUUUAGUCUCAUUUGACCAGAGUACCUUCUUCCAUAUGUUUGGGGAGUCUCCCACAUGGCUUUUGGCGAACACCAAACAUGUUUGCUUAUUGAUUCUUUAAGCAAUGGCUUUUUUCUGGCCACUCUUCUGUAAAGCCCAGCUCUGUGGAGUGUACGGCUUAAAGUGGUCCUAUGGACAGAUACUCCAAUCUCCGCUGUGGAGCUUUACAGCUCCUUCAGGGUUAUCUUUGGUCUCUUUGUUGCCUCUCUGAUUAAUGCCCUCCUUGCCUGGUCCGUGAGUUUUGGUGGGCGGCCCUCUCUUGGCAGGUUUGUUGUGGUGCCAUAUUCUUUCCAUUUUUUAAUAAUGGAUUAAAUGGUGCUCCGUUGGAUGUUCAAAGUUUCUGAUAUUAUUUUAUAACCCAACCCUGAUCUGUACUUCUCCACAACUUUGUCCCUGACCUGUUUGGAGAGCUCUUUGGUCUUCAUGGUGCCGCUUGCUUGGUGGUGCCCCUUGCUUAGUGGUGUUGCAGACUCUGGGGCCUUUCAGAACAGGUGUAUAUAUAUUGAGAUCAUGUGACAGAUCAUGUGACACUUAGAUUUCACACAGGUGGACUUUAUUUAACUAAUUAUGUGUCUUCUGAAGGUAAUUGGUUGCACCGGAUCUUAUUUAGGGGCUUCAUAGCAAAGGGGGUGAAUACAUAUGCAUGCACCACUUUUCCGUUAUUUCUUUUGUAGAAUGUUUUGAAACAAGUUAUUUUUUUCAUUUCACUUCACCAAUUUGGACUAUUUUGUGUAUAUCCAUUACAUGAAAUCCAAAUAAAAAUCAAUUUAAAUUACAGGUUGUAAUGCAACAAAAUAGGAAAAACGCUAAGGGGGAUGAAUACUUUUGCAAGGCACUGCAUGAGCAGCUCAGUUUAGUGUGAUUACAGCUUUGACCGCCUCAGCAUUCGUGUCUUUUAAAAUGAAUCGGGGCAUAUUUUCAGCUGCACUUUUUAAGCACUUUCAAUGUGUUCUCUCAACACAUUAAACUGGGUUCAAUGGUGCAUGUAAUGAAAUGAAGUUGUAAGGCCUUGCUGUUACGUUCUCAUGGAGUUAUGGACCUUUGGGACAUUAAUUUAAUUCAUGGUCCCCUGUUAAUUGGGCCAUAAAGUUCACUGUUUAAAGUCUGGUAUGAAGAACAUAUACACGCAGCCUAACGUCCCCCAGUAUACUCUAGAAAUACAAUGUCCCAAGUCAUUUUGAAGUGUCCUGAUAGGCAAUGACAUCUAACAAAGGUUUCAAAAAUAAGAAAGUGUUUUUUGUGGUAAUGUUUUCCUAUUCUACCUUGACUAACACAAUGCAGUAUGAGAGAGCAACCUGAAUUGGCAAUAUAUUUUAAUUAGAGUCUAGUAGUCAUGUUAUUGUGUAUUUUCUGUGGAGAUCUAGUUAGCGUAUAACAUGGUAUACUACCGGAUCAGUAAUGUUAAGUCUAACUCUACUAUUUGUAUUUGUUGCAUUUCCACAUUUCUUUACUGAAAGAAUUGACCAUAUACAACACUCAUUUAUAUACCCAUUAUACCCAUUUCAAAUAUUCCACACAUUAUUUCACACCAAAAGACCAGUCUAGACUUGAAAUUGAGGGUUUGUAUACAGCUCCUAGACAUCUCUCUAGUGCAUGUAUUUUUUAGACUGUUGGAGGUCAAUUCAGCAUCUGUGAAUGUUUUGAGUACUGGUCAAAGUAGCCUUUUCAUACCCAGAUAUUUCUAUGUAUAGAAAUCUAUAGAAAUAUAAUCUAUUUCUAUCUACAAAUAAUAAUCUGUGUACCAAGCAAUCUAUUGAGGAUAGGGAAGGACUAGAGGACAGAGUGCUAAUUUAGGUGAACAGCCAACCCAAGGGGAGCUCAUCUCUCUUCAAAUUAAAUGAAUCAUUUCUCCCAUGUCCCCCUCAGCAACCCCCUAUAGAAUCUCCCUCUCUGGUACGAGUAAGUACUCUACUUUGAGCAGAGGACACACUGACACUGUUUGUGGUUCGGCCCAGGAGGCCAAUGCAUGCACCAUAGAGGCCUCUGAGCAGAGAGACAAGCUAUGUAGGCAGCAUUAUUAAAUGUGAGAGACUGAAUCCAAAGUGAGAGAAAUCAGUGGGAAGUGAUUAAUAUGCAUAACAUCGGCCCUCAGUCACCCAGUCUGCCUGGCACUGCCCAAACAGACACUGCAGACCACAGAGGCCAGACUCGCCAAACACUGACGUGACAUUGCCCGCAAUAAGAAUGUGAGCUAACGAGUCUGUCCUUCAGAUCAGAAGUCAUUGGCAGUGCUUUCACCUUGGCACUUGGAGCAAUAAACACUAGUCAUGGGCACCAACAUGGAAAGUCUGUCUAUCAGUAGCAUUUUGCCCAAUAUUAUAUCGAUAAAUGUUGGAAUUAAAAUGCACUGUGUGAAUGGCAGAAGAGGCACCAUAAAGCUUGAUAGAAACGCUAAUGUAAUGCCCUAACUGGUGAAAGGCACCUCGGAUGACACCAUGCAUGAUUAAUAUACCAUUUGAUCCCCUCUACCACUAGGGGCUUUGUUGUGUGUGGCAGAAACCCCAGAAACACAUUUGACAAGCAGGAAGUGGAACAUUGGCGUUUAAUCUCUCCUUAAGGUUGAUAAUGCAUUUGUGCACCUGUCAAACGUGUUCACACCUCAGUGUACAGGAUUGUAUGGAGAGGAAUACGGGGUGUACUGAGAGGAAUACAGGAGUGUAUGGAGAGGAAUACAGGAGUGUAUGGAGAGGAAUACAGGAGUGUAUGGAGAGGAAUACAGGAGUGUAUGGAGAGGAAUACAGGAGUGCACUGAGAGGAAUACAGGAGUGUAUGGAGAGGAAUACAGGAGUGUAUGGAGAGGAAUACAGGAGUGUAUGGAGAGGAAUACAGGGUUUACGGAGAGGAAUACAGGAGUGUACUGAGAGGAAUACAGGAGUGUACGGAGAGGAAUACAGGGUUUACGGAGAGGAAUACAGGAGUGUACUGAGAGGAAUACAGGAGUGUACGGAAAGGAAUACGGGGUUUACGGAAAGGAAUACAGGAGUGUACGGAGAGGAAUACAGGGUUUACGGAGAGGAAUACAGGAGUGUACUGAGAGGAAUACAGGAGUGUAUGGAAAGGAAUACGGGGUUUACGGAGAGGAAAACAUGGGGUGUGGAAUCACAAUAUCUGAAGGUCUGGGCCGGUUUCCCAAAAGCAUCUUAAGGCUUGGUUCAUCGUUAGGACCAUAAGAUUGAAUGGUUUUAAUAUUAACUUAACCUCUAAACGUCUAAGGGGUGGGUGGGUUCUAAGCUGAUGUAUGGAAUUGUUUUAAGAUGGUCAUACCAUGGAUCGUUUAGCUAUUUGAUUUGGACUUUUAGGACCCCUUUAGGUAUCAAACAAAAAUAUAUACACUACCAGUCAAAAGUUUGGACACACCUACUCAUUCAAGGGUUUUUCUUUUUUUGGGACUAUUUUCUACAUUGUAGAAUAAUAGUGAAGGCAUCAACACUAUGAAAUAACACAUAUGGAAUCAUGUAGUAACCAAAAAAGUGUUAAACAAAUCAAAAUAUAUGUUAUAUUUUAUAUUCUUAGCCACCCUUUGCCUUGAUGACAGCUUUGCAUGCUCUUGGCAUUCUCUCAACCAGCUUCAUGAGGAAUGCUUUUCCAACAGUCUUGAAGGAGUUCCCACAUAUGCUGAGCACUUGUUGGCUGCUUUUCCUUCACUCUGCGGUCCAACUCAUCCCAAACCAUCUCAAUUGGGUUGAGGUCGGGUGAUUGUGGAGGCCAGGUCAUCUAAUGCAGCACUCCAUAACUCUCCUUGGUCAAAUAGCCCUUACACAACCUGGAGGUGUUGAAAAACAAAUGAUAGUCCUACUAAGCGCAAACCAGAUGGGAUGGCGUAUCGCUGCAGAAUGCUGUGGUAGCCAUGCUGGUUAAGUGUGCCUUGAAUUCUAAAUAAAUCACAGACAGUGUCAUCAGCAAAGCACCCCCACACCAUCACACCUCCUCCUCCAUGCUUCACGGUGGGAACCACACAUGCGGAGAUCAUCCAUUCAUCUACUCUGCAUCUACUCUUGGAACCAAAUAUCUCAAAUUUGGACUCAUCAGACCAAAGGACAGAUUUCCACCGGUCUAAUGUCCAUUGCUCGUGUUUCUUGGCCCAAUCAAGUCUCUUCUUCUUAUUGGUGUUGUUUAGUAGUGGUUUCUUUGCAGCAAUUCGACCAUGAAGGCCUGAUUCACGCAGUCUCCUCUGAACAGUUGAUGUUGAGAUGUCUGUUACUUGAACUCUGUGAAGCAUUUAUUUGGGCUGGAAUUUCUGAGGCUGGUAACUCUAAUGAACUUAUCCUCUGCAGCAGAGGUCACUCUGGGCCUUUCUUUCCUGUGGCAGUCCUCAUGAGAGCCAGUUUCAUCAUAGCGCUUGAUGGUUUUUGCGACUGCACUUAAAGAAACUUUCAAAGUUCUUGAAAUGUUCCAGAUUGACUGACCUUCAUGUCUUAAAGUAAUGAUGGACUGUCGUUUCUCUUUGCUUAUUUGAGCUGUUCUUGUCAUAAUAUGGACUUGGUCUUUUACCAAAUAGUGCUAUCUUCUGUAUACCACCAUUACCUUGUCACAACACAACUGAUUGGCUCAAACGCAUUAAGAUGGAAAGAAGUUCCACAAAUUAGCUUUUAACAAGGCACACCUGUUCAUUGAAAUGCAUUCCAGGUGACUACCUCAGGAAGCUGAUUGUGCAAAGCUGUCAUCAAGGCAAAGGGUGUCUACUUUGAAGAAUUUGUUUAAAUCUUUAUUGGUUACUACAUGAUUCCAUAUGUGUUAUUUCAUAGUUUUGAUGUCUUUACUAGUAAAAAUAAAGAAAAACCCUGGAAUGAGUAGGUGUCCAAACUUUUGACUGGACUCUAGGGGGUUUUAAGAUGCUUUUGGGAAACCGGGCCCUGGUCAAUAGCUUAAGGAAGAAAAUAAAAAAAAGAUGGUUGGGAUUUUGUGCUUCACAUUAUCGUAACACAAACCCUCUAAAUCACCUAUUUUUGUUUGAUAUGUGCAAGUUCUCUCCCUCUUUUUAUCAUUGCUGUAUUUAAGUGUCAAGCCAUGGAAUGUAUUAUUUCCAGUAAUACUUGGAGCCUCACGUUAAUGCCAUGCUAUGAUGUUGCUCCAUAAUUGGCAACCGCAAAACACAAGGGCCUUAACACAAACGCUCCAUCUAUCAUAGCAAAUGUUAAAUUUUUUCAUUGUUGGUUAAGGGCUUGUAAGUAAGCAUUUGACAAAUAAAACCUGAUUUUAUUUUUAUUUGAAUUAUUUCUGCAACUGCUUGUAGCUGCUAGCCAAUGUUAUUGGUCAACGUCAAAACCUCUCUUAUGCAACAUUCCUGUUUUAUACAAAUUAUAAUUAAAGAUCUCUUUAUAACUCCCAACACCUCUCAUCUCUGUAUUUCCCCUGCUUUCUUUCCUUCUUUUCAGAUCCUGGAGUUGGUCAAGGGAAUGCACUAUCAGCUGGCCUGCCAGAAGUACUUUGUGCUGUCACACAGUGUAAGGACGCCUUUCAUUUGGGGCAGGAUGUAAUUGGGGCGGCAUGCCUGCCUUUGUGUGGGCCUGGGGGAGGACCCUGCAGCUCAUGCAUGAAGUCUCUGGAGGGGCCCCCAGCUCUGUAAUCACAUCCAUCAUUAGCUGUCAUAGCCGUUUAAGUUGUAUGGGUUUAUUAUGACACUUUAGAUUAAUUUAGCCCCUAAUGAAUAUUUAUUUGAUCUAAUGCCUUUUAGUGGAGGACCUUUUGGAUCCGCAGUUUCAGUCACAUUCAAGGUUAUUAAUAUUCAAUCCCUAUUUAGGAGGGAGAAUGUGGUAAAAAAAAAAAGAUAUGGUGUAACUUAUUUUCAUUCUUUGUCUGUGUGGGGUUGCUGUUAUGCACGUUGAUCAUAGCUAUUUCUCUUACAUACCGGUAAAUCUCGGGGUUUGGUCAUGUUAUUUUCUGCACGCUAUAAAAGUGGUGAUUUGGGAAGCGGGUCUCUCCCAUACGUGUUGACAAUUCGUCAGAUUUUCCAUGCUGCACUGUUCAUUCUAUUCAAAUUGGAAGCUCGGCAGACUGACAGAAUGAGAAGAGAGGUGGUGUUUUUAAUUUUUCGGUGAGAAGGCAAUAAUCUAGAGAUGUCAGUCAGGAUUAUCUCUAACACGUGCCCCUGUCCCUCAGCGUUCAACGCAGUUGAAGUGCCAGAAUCCUGAUGAGAAUGUGGGCACGUUGCACCAAGAUGUAAAUGUUGACUAUCUGCUAUGUGACAGUUUAAUUUGAGUCUGAGAAGGAGAGAAGGGAGCGGUCUUUGAUGUGAUGUGUUUGCCAUCGCUCCACAACGCUACGGUGCAAAGUUUAUUCAGAUGCAGCUAAUAUCCUCAAUCACAUUUCAAUCUGAUAACCCAGGAAGGGUACAUGUAUAAGACUUUAUACCUUAAUCCCCAAUAUGUUUUAGGGGACAGAUUUCUGAUCAAUCUGAUUUAAUAAGGUUUUAGACUACCUAGCCUUUUUUGGUUACUACCUAUGUUCUUUUUGGUUAGUGUGAGAGUAAGAGCUAAAAGUCACUUUGAAAGUCGCUCCGAUGAAAGUCACUUUGAAAGUCAGUCUGAUGAAAGUCACUUUGAAAGUCGCUCCGAUGAAAGUAACUUUGAAAGUCGGUCCGAUGAAAAUCACUUUGAAUGUUGGUCCAGUGAAAGUCACUUUGAAAGUCGGUCCGGUGAAAGUCACUUUGCAAGUUGUUCUGGUGAAGUCACUUUGGAAGUCGGUCCGAUGAAAGCCACUUUGCAAGUUGGUCCGGUGAAAGUAACUUUGGAAGUCGGUCCGAUGAAAGUCACUUCGCUUCUUGAACAGGUAAAGGACACUAUCUGCAGGGACCUAGCUACACACUUGGGUGGGUCACAUUGUUCCUGUUUACCAGCCUAAAUUAUCUUUAUUGGUUGAGGUAACACACAGCCUCCUACUGGCUUCAGCUCUACGUAACUUCUUUACAACAAAAGUUGCCUUACUUACAAUACCAAUAUAUCUAGACUAGAUAGUCUCCCUAAGCUAGACCACCAUUGCAAUUCAUCCCUUUGGUAAUAAGCUUAAGGGUUAUGAUUCAUAUUUGUGGGGAUUGUUUCUCCUCUCAUUUAGUGUUGUAAUAUACGCACAUUGUCACGGAGAAGGAUUUCAAUGCCUCUAAAGUGUUUUUCAGUGAAUUCUGACUGACUCGUGAAUUUAUGAAAUUCAUGAGUCAUAUUUUAGUCCUGUCGUCCGAACUGCAUGUUUGUGACAUUUGUCAUGACUUUCCCUCAUGGGCUGAGGAUCAAAGAUGCCGUCUAGGCAAAGGUUUGAACACCCCCUUUUCUGGGGGCCAGUUUUAUGACCGGUCGUACAUUUCUUGCAGAAACUUUAUUUUCCACGCCAUGCAGUAUUGGGAGAGGGAAUUUCCAUGUGAGACAAAGGAAGUCUUCCCGCCAAGACUCCAACAUCCAAAAGUGGAUAAUGAAACAAUAUUCCUACUUAAAAUAAUGUGGGAAAUGGUUGGUGGCGACUUAACGAACAAUCAUGUCAAAUUCGUUACUAUGUUGUGAUGUCAUUAAAGACGGUGGAACAACAUAACUGUAUCUCUGGGGGUGUACACUUCCCAGUUAUGAGGUUUGCAUCUAAUUGUUGUAUAAAACGAAUGAUUAAGUAUAAUAAUACUUUUGUGAAGGUAACAAUGUGAUUUUAGCAUUCUAGAUGAGAUGAUUGUUCCCAUAUUGAUUUGUUCUCAGUCAGUGGCCACGCCCAGAUGAGCACAAACAUGAUGAAACGCCCCUUUUUCUACUCAAGUAUAAAACCCCUCAUGACAAAAUUCACCUCAGACCGGUAUAAGCCGGAUGUUGCAAAUGGUUGAAUUUCUACAAGACCAAGCAGAUUACAGUAUAAGCCGGAUGUUGCAAAUAGUUGAAUUUCUACCAGACCAGGAAGCGUGAAGCUGAAGCUACACAUUACAAAAUGGUUAGACCAGAAAGACCAGAAAACGUGAGAUGUUAGUCCACACGUUUGAAAUGGAGAAACUCUGAAACUCUCAACCUCUACACAAGGUGAAGAAGAAGACAAUGCACUAGACCUUAUCAUCUCAGUCUGCAGCUGGCAUGUAUAGUCAUCUAGAGAACUUACACUAAAGACAUAAAUUGGAAAGGACAAUCCCUCUCAGACAACUGCUGGUACAUCUGAAGUAUCUAUUCUAACAGAUCAACUCUACGAACUACAGGGUACGCUGAAGAAAUCAUUCUAACCACUACUAUGACCAGAAACUCUACCAAGGACAUUGGGAUCUCUGGUGGGCAAACCAGAGUCCUAGGGCGGCAGGUAGCUUAGUGGUUAAGAGCAUAGUGCCAGUAACCGAAAGGCCGCUGGUUCUAAUCCCCGAGCCGACUAGGUGAAAAAUCUGUCGAUGUGCCCUUGAGCAAGGCACUUAACCCUAACUGCUCCUGUAAGUCGCUCUGGAUAAGAGCGUCUGCUAAAUGACUAAAAAAAAAAAAAAAAAAAAAAAAAAAAAAAAAAAAAAAAAUCAACUCAACUAUCUAGGACAGCUACACGUAAAUACAAGUUGCAUUUCUAAUCUGAAUGAACAAUGAUUAGGGUUCUAAGCAUUUGUAUUUCCGUGUGCGUAGUUUACAAAGUAACAACGAUAGUUUGAAUCUCUGUCUCUCCCUUCCAAGCAUUCAUGUUAUUGUUAGUCCAGUCCACUAGGGACCUGUUUUCAUUUUAUUAGAUUAGUAAUCAAUAACCUGUGUGUGUGUGUGUGUUUGUAUUGUGUUAUUAUUUAGUUAGUUAGUAAAUAAAUAAUUAAGCCAAUUUGUGUAUUGCGGAUUCAUCAAUAAGGUUAGGGUUCUUGCAGGUUCAAGGAUUAUGCAUCGUUCAGAAUGAGACUGAUAAUAGGUAAUUAUUUAAUAAGAGACUGUUAUCGAUAUAUAACAUAUAUAUAUAUCUUCAAAGAGUUUAAUUCAGGAGAUGGUAACUCGUUAAACAACAUCUUCCGUGCUGCCCCAAAUUCCUAAUGAGUUAAUUGUUACAUGAUUAAUUUAAUCGAGUGACAAUUAAACAUAGUUAGUUGAUUCGAUAAAUAAGUCAUACAUAUUAAUAUAAGUCACGUCACGUCACAUUAAUACGCAAAGCAUAGCUGUUUUGUGUGGGGGGUCUGGGCCAUCCCCUGAAUCUACGGACACUCAUCUCUAAAUGCUCCAGUCAUCAUGGGGCACAAAGACGACCAACUCAUUUCCCCCUUACCUGCGACUGGGAGAAUUCAAUCUCUGCCACAUGCCCUACCUGGUUCCAGAUCUGUUGGUUUGUACAGAUAGAUCACAGUCAUUCCUCCCUCCUUGGCAGCGUUUAUUAAAGGUCAAAAUAUAAUACUUCACCGAUUAAAUAUUUACACAGGGGCGAUAAAUUAAACAAUAGAAAGAGUAAUGCAAUGGCAUCCAGUGGAGCGCGCUCCGAUAUGCUUCACCUCGGAUUACGGGAGGGGGGGGGGGGGGGGAUGUGCUGCAUCGAAAUCAUUCAAAGAUUGAUUUGUUUCUGGUCUCUGUUUCGGAUUGUUUCAUAUUUAUGCAUUUUGUCAUUUUUCAGAAGGCUGAGUGCUGUUUGCUGUAAUGUGGAGACACUGAGACAGAUCAGGGUGAAAUGGACACAGCUCUCUACUCGUGAAACCUGUGGCUCUGGAGAUGUUUCCCCCAUUCCUUAAAAAAAUAAAAAUGUGUUUACUGGACAGACCGUGAACAGAGACAGGAUAGUAAGCAGGAGAGAUAAUAUAUUUUUUUUCUUAGAUCAAUACUGAAUUUGUUUCUUUGAUUCUUGUUUUUGUAAGAAGUCUAUUUAUAGAUAUGUAGGCGUACAUCACUGGACCCAGUGGACACCCCCGCUGGUUCCAAUACGGUCUAGUAGUUAGCUAGAAUUUGCCUAGCUAGACAAAGGAAUCGGACAAUGAUCAAGAUGAUGGUAGGAGAGAGAGACUAAUCAGGGAGACUUCAAAGCCGGUGUGUUCCAUCCCAAUCACACAGCCUGGCUUAAAAGAUGAGGGCGGAAUUGGAUCAGUUCACUACACCAGUACAAUGCAGUUAGUAAAAGAACUGAAGCAGAGUUUUCUUUCUAACAUGUCUGUCAAAGCUGACCAUCGCUAUUCUGUCUAGCUCAUUAACAUUUGAACCAGUAUUAUUUUUACCGUCUGACACCUUACAAAACUUUUUUCUGUUGUGUGUUGUCAGAUUGAGGACUCUGGGUUCUCGCUCCUUCACCCCAACCAGUCCUUACAUUUUAGUCAUUUAGCAGACGCUCUUAUCCAGAGCGACUUACAAUUAGUGAGUGCAGAGAGCCAGAAGCUGCUAGGUGGUCCUGGGGCUGGGGUGGAGGUGAAGUGGGAGGACAACCCCGCCACCAAACCCCCCAACACCCCGCCACCAAACCCCCCAAAACCCAGCCACCAAACCCCCCAACACCCCGCCACCAAACCCCCCAACACCCCGCCACCAAACCCCCCAACACGCCCUCUUGACAGACAACAGGACCAGGGAACCUCUCUCAGGUGGCGGCAGCAGAAAUGACAGAGGACCUGGAUUCUUUCUUCCAAGAU